AUGCAAGUAGCCAGAAGGGGUAUCUAUAAGAUAGGAGAGCGUGACCAGUUGGGAUGGGGUGUGGGGGUUCUGAGCAGAAGUAUUGCUGAAUGUUCGGCAGUUCAUUAUAUGAGUAGGCAUCAGCUCAAUUCCGUAGCUUCUGCAGCACGUUUCCAGGCUCGCCUACACGAGCACAUUUCCCACCCCACAUCCCAAGUCCAAAAACAAGGAGUCUUUGUGGAGAUGUGUAGCAGCAAUGAUAUCCGCGAUUAUCUCCAGUUCCUGACCGCCUGCGCCAGUCUUGAGGCAACUAUGCAGGAAUCCAGACGGUUUGUUCUGGGCUGGAGAUACCGCACAGACAAUCUCUACCGGGAGUUUUUCAGGUUCGACGAUCUGAAAGCGUUCCUCUACUGUGUGGAGCUAUGCGCCAUUCGACCCGUGUUGCUCCGAGUUCCCGAACCGCUGAGUCCAGCAGCUCCAAGCGCAAGGAAACGGAACCUUUGCAAUCCUCCGGCAAAUGUAACUGCCCAGACAGGAUUCUACGCUGCUGAGAUGUUCGCAGCCAAUGACGCAGUCAAUAAUCUCCUCGAUAUUGUUGUUGUCCGGUAUCACGAUCGGCAGGGCAUCAGUCAAUGCUCGGGCAUCGACUUCAUCGACGAUCUCCCCCGAUUCAUAGUGCUGUUUUAUGCGUUUCAGCGAUUCAAGCUCGAGGAUUGGGGUCGAAACAAGCACUUCAAAGAAGUUGAGAAGGAAGCUUUGCAGAAACUCAAAAUUGGAGACGUGGAUCUUGUGCUGCACACCAGCGACGAAGACAGAGACGAAUAUCUCACCAAGAAAUCCAAGAAAUUCCCGGGCGUCCAAGAAGAUUGGAUUGUGGUCAAAAUCUUCUUGGUAGAGGAGCAACAGAUUAGUGUAUGAGUGUACGUGGGUGGUAUAUAUACGUUUUCGAAUGGUUAACUAGGCCGGAAUC